AUGACGCAAGUCCGGGACAAGCUGGCGGAGCCAUGGAAAGGCGUGAACCUAGGGGGCUGGCUUCUGCUGGAGCCUGGUCCAUCCUAUCCACUCUUCACGCAGCAUCCUUUGAAGGACAAGAGUGAGGCACGGUGCGAGUGGGACAUCAUGAAGGGCUUGAUUGCCAAGAUGGGCAAAACCGGAGCAGCCGAAGUGUUGCGAUCUCACCGGGAGACUCACAUGACUAAGGCAGACUUUCAACGGGUGCGAAGCUGUGGUCUCAAUGCCGUGCGCUUGCCAUUCGGCUACUGGGUCGUCACGGAACCCAGGCCCAAGGAGCCUUAUGUCGGUCCGGCGCUGGAGUACAUCGACCGGGCAGUCUCUUGGGCUGAGGAGUUUGAUCUUCAGAUCGUGCUUGAUUUGCACGGAUGUCCUGGCGGUGAGAGUCCGGAGGCUCCCUGCGGCCGCCGCCAGCGCCCGGAGAGUCGAUGGAACUGGAAGCAGUGGGAUUUCCAGGCCUCACUCAAGGUGCUGCAGAUCCUGGCAAAGCGUUAUGCCCAGCACUCCUGCGUCACGGGCAUCGCGGUUUGCAACGAACCAUCGGGGGAAGUUCCAGCCAAAGCCCUUAUCUCGUAUUACUCGAAGGCUGUGGACGUCAUACGCAAGGCAGGAAUGGACGCACGGAGGGUUGCUGUGGUGCUGCCAGUGUUCCAGCGCCCGGAAGGUGAGGAGGACUUCAUCAAAACAUGGUCCAAGUUCACGAAAGGAAGACAUCGCAACGUGUGCUUCGAUGUGCACUGCUACCACUGUUUCGAGAACCAGUUCCAUGGCAAGACUUUUGCGGAGCAGCUUCGAGCCGUGGAGGCCAACACCGAGAUGUUCAAGCAGCAUCCCAUGGUUGCAGGAGAGUGGUCCCUGGGUCUUGGCCAAGCCACCUGGUGCACCUGUGGCGAUUUGGAUGAGGACAGCGUCCUGAGCAUCUUUGGUGCUCAACAACAAGAGGCUUUCAAGAGCGCCUCUCACGGCUCCUUCUUCUGGAACUGGAAGGAGGAUCCUGAGAACAAGGAGUGGCACUUCCAGCACUCCUGCGACUCCGGGCUUCUUUCCCGGCCUCCAUUGUCGCUGCCUCUCUGGGAUCGCCAGGGUGAGGACCCGUUGGAGGAGAGGCCAAAAACUGGCAUUCUAAGGCUCUAA